CUGUACGGAGGAGAUCUGGAGUCAGAGUUCAGUCAGUUUCAGGACUGGCUGCACAUCUUCCCGCUGUAUAAAGGCAGAGCGAGCAUCGAGGACGACGAGGAGGAUGAAGAGGAGAGGCUGAUGGGAAAAUAUAAGGGCUCCUUUCUGGUUUAUCCGUUAGAUCCCGGAGAUGAAGAAGACACCACGUGUCAGAUCACCAACGGAAUCCCCAAAAACUCACCCAUCAAAGUCUUAGUCCGAGUCUACGUCGUAAAGGCCACCAAUCUGGCUCCCACAGACCCCAACGGUAAAGCAGACCCGUAUCUGGUAGUCCAAGCUGGACAGCAGUCACUGGACACACAAGAUCGCUACAUCCCCAAACAGCUCAACCCAACAUUCGGAGAGAUGUUUGAAUUCACACUGUCUUUCCCCAUGGAGACAGAGUUGGUUGUCACAGUGAUGGACCACGACAUUAUAGGGUCUGAUGACGUCAUCGGAGAGACGCGAGUCGAUCUGGAGAACCGCUUCUACAGCCGCCACAGAGCCACCUGCGGUCUCGCUCUCUACUAUGACACUGACGGUUAUAAUACGUGGCGUGAUGCAAAGAAGCCGUCGACCAUCUUGGCUGAGCUCUGCAGGAAGAACGGCAUCUCGUCUCCAGAGUACAGAACGUCUGAGGUCAAAGUCCUCAACAAAAUCUUUAAGAUCCCACCUGACGCAGUACCUGAAGAUCUCCUGAAGAAGAACCAGCGGACUCCAGAGGAGGAGGCGGAGAUGGAGCAGCACCAAGCCCUGAGUGUUCUGCGGCGCUGGGGGGAGAUGAACGAGUUCCUCCCCGGAGCCUUGAACCUGGUCCCAGAGCACGUUGAGAUCCGGUCCCUGCUGAACCAGGACAAACCUGGACUGCCGCAGGGUUACCUUCAUAUGUGGAUAGACAUGUUUCCAAAUGAUGUCCCGACUCCGCCCCCCAUUGACAUCAAGCCCCGCCUACCCGAACA